AUGGGCAAAAAAAAAUUAAUAAAAACAGCCGAUGUUAUUGAAGAAAAACCUCAAAUCUAACAGCCAAAAAAUUCAUUAUAGGUUUCAUCAUCCGAAGAUUCAGAUUAACAAGAAGACUGCAAACAGAAUUUUUCGAGAUAUUAAAUUAUUGAUGAUAAUAAACAUUAAUAGGGAUAACUAGAUCGUUAUUUUCAAAAAGGAAAAUAAGCUUAAACCGCCCCUCAACCAAAGAAACCAAAAGUUAUUGAAUUCAGAAUGGUGGAGGAAACCAAACUGCCCAACAAAGGAAAAGAGGAAGAGAAACGAGACGAUUAAUCUGAUGAGUCCGAUAGUGACUUCGACCUACCUACUAAGUUUUAACAUCUUGCCAAAAUUACUAGAACAUCAACUAUUAAUACCUAAGCUACUUAAGUAACUAAAGUCUAACCUGAAGAGAAAAUAGCAGAAACUAAAACUUGCUAACAAGAAAUUUUAAAUUAAUUUGAAUAAGAAUAGAUUUAAAUGACUAGAUUUGAAAUUGAAGAAGAUUCACAAUUAAAUAUCCCAAACAAACCAUUACAAAGAUAUAAGUAUUUUCUAAUAGGAAAUUUUUAGAAAUAUUAAAAAGAACACAUCAUUCAAAUUAUUAGAUAUUAUGGAGGGUAUCUUAAUUGUAAAAUUCUUAAAGACACAAUUAUUAUUUAAGGGGAUUCUCUUAAUAAUGCUAAUGAUAUGAAAGAUAACUCUCUUUUAGCGAAUGCUAAAAUAUAAAAAUCUACUAUUCUUGAUUUUGAAGCUUUUAAUAGUCAUCUAAAAUAAUACACAGGUAAUGAUUUAUAGAAAUCUUUUUAAUUGGCUUGUUAAUGUACUAUUUAAAAUGUAGGUUAAUAAGGAAUGUAAGAAAAAUAGGAUUUGUAAUCAAAAUAAAAAAUUGUUUAAAAUUAAUCUUCAUUCAUAUAAUCAAAAUCAUAAUAAUAAUCUAAGUUACCUAUUAGUUAACCGAUUUAGGAAAUAAAUACUAAUCUUAGAGCAAAGUUUGACAGCGACGUUGUGUUAAUUGAAAAAUAAGUUGAAUUGAAACCUGAAAUAGUUAAUUUCUCUAAGGAUAAAUAAAUUUAAAAAGAUCAAAAGAAAAUUUCAAAAAUUGAACAGAUAACUGUUGAAGAGACUAAAUAGAAAUUAUAAUUAUGGACUAAUAAAUAUGCUCCUUCUAAAGUAUCGGACUGUCUUGAUUAAACCCACGUUUCAAAUAUUGUUAAAUGGCUAGAUAAGUGGGGAAAAACUUAGUUAGAAAUUUGCCCUGGCUCAUUCUAAUCUUAAAACUUUGCUGCUAAAGCCCUUUUAUUAUCAGGUCCUCCUGGGAUUGGCAAAACCACAAUUAUUAGAUUAAUUGCAAAAUAAAAGUCUUAUUAAUUGAUUGAAUGGAAUGCCUCUGACGUCAGAAGUAAACUUCAAAUUGAAAAUUAUGUUAAACAUCUUCAAGACAAUACAGUGCUUAGAUUUAAGGAUGCUAAUUUAAUUAGUGAAGGGAAGACAAUAAUCUUAAUGGAUGAAGUAGAUGGAAUGACUGGUAGUGAUAGGGGUGGAAAUAAGUGUUUAAUUGAUAUGAUAAAAUUAACAAAGGUGCCUAUUGUUUGUAUUUGCAAUGAGAGAAACAAAUAAUCAAUGAGAACUUUGGCCAAUUAUUGUUUAGAUCUGUAGUUUAAAAAACCAAAUCAAGUUGAAAUUUAAAAGAAGUUAGAAUUUAUUUGUAAGUCUGAGAAUAUUAAUUACGAUCCUGCCGAAUUAAAAUAAUAAAUAGAAUUUUCUUAAUGUGAUAUUAGAUAAUUGCUAAAUUUAUUAUAAAUGCAUAAAGUUGGCUUGAAAUUGCAUAUUGAUAAAAAUAUUGGAAAGGAUGGCUCAGUUACUACGAAUAUUUAUGAAUCAACCAAAAUAUUAUUGAAUUACAAAGAUUCUUAAACAUUGCCUAUUCACAAAUUAAUGGACUACUACUUUUAAGAUCCAGAUAUGACACAAUUUUUUUAUCAUGAGAAUUAUUUAGACUUAAUUAAAAAGGCUCCUUCGAACACAAUCUCGCAUAUUUCCUAAGCAGCUUCAUCAUUGGCAGAUGCUGAUGUGUUGAAUUCAAAAGUAAGAUCACAGAUGUGGGGAUUAAUGCCAAAUGUAGGAUUUUUAUCGACGAUGUAUCCUACUUAAAUAUUGAAGGGGAAUCUUUUGUCAAAAGUCAAUUUUCCUUAGAUGCUUGGUCGAAUUUCUAGUGAGAAUAAAAUUAAAAGAUAGAUUCUCGAAGUGAAAGAAGCAUUUGCUUAAUAGACAUAUUUAACAAACACCAAGGCAAUUAAAUUCUAAUAUAUUGAGCCUUAUGCCUUCAUUAUUAUUUAAAGUUUGGCCAGUGCUGGGUUGAGUUGUAUUGAUGAAGUAGUAUCACUGUUAAGAAACUACAAUUUAAAUAUAUAAUAGUUUGAGGAAUGCAUAGUAGGAUCUUUGGCAUUGUUUCCUAAAAGGGAUUUAAUGACAGAGAUAGCAUCUUAGGUCAAGGCAUCUUUGAACAAAGCAAUGAAACAAUCUAUGGAUUCUGCAGAUAGAUUUGGUAAGGAGAGGAGACUAAUACAAUCAACCAAUAUUGUCAAGAAGACUCAAAAUAUAGAAGAUGAUUUAAAUGAAGAACUAAAUUAAGAAGAGGAGAUUGAGGAGGAUGAACAAAAUUAGAAAAAGAAUACUAAAUAAAAAAAUAAGAAUAUUAAGUAAUAAGAGAAACAUAAGAAUAAAUAAGAAAAACAAGGUACCGAUAAGAAUAAAUAAAGAAAAAAGGGUAAAAAAUGA